UCCAGCACUAAUAUACAUUGAGCUUACUUAUUUCUUGUUGAUAUUCAGCUCGGUCAUAAAAUAACUUUGAAUAAAAGUAACGUUUAUUAAUUUUAAGAUAUAUACCUAUAUUUGAAUUAACUUCAUAAUUUAAUUUGACAAAUUAAAAAUGUCAUAUCAAAAUAUGAAAAGUGAAAAGAAAGAUUUUGGCCCCCUCGUCGGUGCUAUAGAUGAAGGAACAUCAAGCACAAGAUUUAUGGUUUUUGCUGCAAAAACAGCGGAAGUCAUAACAUACCAUCAAGUUAAUAUACCCAGCAUAACACCGUUUGAAGGAUGGGUUGAGCAAGAUGCCGAGUUAAUUUUAAAAGCGAUUAUUGAAACCAUCGAUGUAACUUGUGAUAAUUUGCAAAAAUUGGAUGUUUCUAAAGAGGAUAUAGUCGCUAUUGGGAUAACUAAUCAAAGGGAGACGACUGUUUUGUGGGAUUCCCAAACUGGAAAACCUUUAUAUAAUGCUUUAGUUUGGCUUGAUAUGCGUACCUCAGACACAGUUGAUAAAGUACUCGAUAAUGGGUAUAGACGUAAAAGUUUUUUAAAAACGUAUUGUGGCUUACCGGUAAGCACCUAUUUUAGCGCAUUAAAAAUUCGAUGGUUAAUGGAUAACGUUGAAGAAGUUAGAAAAGCAAUCGAAGAACAACGUUGUUUAUUUGGAACGAUUGAUACGUGGAUAAUUUGGAACCUAACCGGGGGUGUUAUUAGUGGAUUACACAUCACCGAUGUUACCAAUGCUUCGAGAACUAUGUUAAUGAACAUAGAAACUUUAAAAUGGGAUACUUUUUUAUGCGACACUUUUGAUAUUCCUAUUGAGAUUUUGCCACAAAUUAAAAGUUCCGCCGAAAUUUACGGUUAUCUUACUGAAACUCUUUUAAAAGGAGUUCCAAUUUCUGGAUGUUUAGGAGAUCAACAAGCUGCUUUAGUUGGUCAAAAAUGUUUUUUAAAAGGACAAGCAAAAAAUACUUAUGGAACGGGAUGUUUUUUAUUAUACAACACAGGAACUUCGUUAGUUCAAUCAACUCACGGAUUAUUAACAACGGUUGGAUAUAAACUUGGCCCAAAAGCACCAACUAUUUACGCAUUAGAAGGAGCAAUUGCAAUAGCAGGUAAAAAAUUAUUCUUAUCCACACAAUUCUCUCAUCUUAUCCACUUAGGUGUCGCAUUACAAUGGCUUAGAGAUAACUUAAACGUUUUAAAAUCCACCCCCGAAUCCAACGAAAUCGCUCAAUCGGCAGGUUCUCGCGGAGAAAUUUAUUUCGUUCCAGCUUUUUCCGGAUUAUACGCCCCGUAUUGGAGAAAAGACGCGAGAAGCGUCAUGUGUGGAUUAACCGAAUCUACAAAACCAGGGCAUAUCGUAAAGGCAGCUUUAGAAGCUGUCGCGUUUCAAGUACGAGACAUCCUCGAGGCGAUGUCUUUAGAUAGUGGGUACAAAAUUAAAAAGCUUUUGGUUAACGGCGGGAUGACGGCUAAUAACUUUUUAAUGCAAGUUCAAGCCGAUUAUAGCGGCGUCCCCGUUGUUCGACCUGUAAUGGCCGAAACAACAGCUCUUGGUGCUGCAAUGGCUGCUGGAUACGCCGAUGGCAUAAACGUAUGGGAUUUUGCAACGAUGCUUGAUAUUCCGAGUGAUACUUUUAUGCCAAAGAUGACUAAUAAAAGUAAUUUCAACAAUAAAAAGGAUUUAUUUAUUUUUAUUUCAUUUUUAGUGCGCAAUGAACGUUAUUAUUAUUGGAAAAUGGCGAUUGCGCGGAGUUUAAAUUGGCAUGAUGAUUUGGAUAAGGAUGAUACAGAUCUCCCCACUUUACCUGCAUUAAGUAGCAUGAAUAUUAAAGAAAAAGGUAAAGGUCAAGAAGAAGAAAGUUUACCUGAAGUUAGCACUUUUACAGUUACUAUGUUUAUAAUAUCUUAUAUUACUCUUCUUGUUGCUGCAAAUUACAUUUCAAAACGUCCUUAAUAAACUAAUUAUUUAUUUAUUUA